GCCUAACCUUCUUUUAUCUCACCCUCCGGUUCUCUCUCUCUCUCUCUCUCUCGUUCUGAGUGAGCCAUGGCGUUGCAGACCUGCUCAGCUGACCAACUGGCCCAGCUAUUGGGCCCAAACACCACGGCCGCCGCAGGCUACCUCUGCGACCAAUUCUCCACCAUCUCCAACAAGUUCAUCGACACGGCUUUCGCCGUGGACACCACCUAUCUCCUCUUCUCUGCCUACCUCGUAUUCUCCAUGCAGCUCGGUUUUGCCAUGCUCUGCGCCGGUUCCGUCCGUGCAAAGAAUACCAUGAACAUCAUGCUCACGAACGUACUCGACGCUGCUGCGGGCGGGCUCUUCUACUACCUGUUCGGGUUUGCCUUCGCCUUUGGCUCCCCCUCCAACGGCUUCAUCGGCCGCCACUUCUUCGGACUCAAGGAAAUUCCUUCCUCGUCCUAUGACUACAGUAACUUCCUCUACCAGUGGGCCUUCGCUAUCGCAGCUGCAGGUAUCACUAGCGGCUCCAUCGCCGAGCGCACCCAGUUCGUCGCCUACCUCAUCUACUCCUCCUUCCUCACUGGCUUCGUCUACCCUGUCGUAUCCCACUGGAUUUGGUCCCCUGACGGCUGGGCCAGCGCUUCCAACACAGACAACCUUUUGUUUGGCAGUGGCGUCAUCGAUUUCGCUGGCUCUGGAGUUGUCCACUUGGUCGGAGGCGUUGCCGGUCUCUGGGGUGCCCUGAUCGAAGGCCCUAGAAUCGGCCGGUUCGACCACUCUGGCCGGUCCGUCGCUCUCCGUGGGCACAGCGCCUCCCUCGUCGUCCUCGGUACCUUUCUCCUAUGGUUCGGUUGGUACGGGUUCAACCCCGGCUCCUUCAACAAGAUACUCAGUCCUUACAGUUCCGGGAGCUACUACGGGCAAUGGAGCGCCGUCGGUCGCACUGCCGUAACCACGACCCUGGCUGGUAGCACCGCGGCUCUCACCACUCUCUUCGGCAAGAGAAUCCUAUCCGGCCACUGGAACGUGACGGACGUGUGCAACGGAUUACUCGGUGGAUUCGCAGCGAUCACCGCCGGUUGCUCCGUGGUGGAGCCCUGGGCGGCAAUCAUCUGCGGGUUCGUGUCGGCGUUGGUACUGAUCUCCUGCAACAAAUUGGCGGAGAAGUUGAAAUUCGACGACCCGUUGGAGGCGACACAGCUGCACGGAGGGUGCGGUGCGUGGGGGAUAAUAUUCACUGCGCUGUUCGCAAGGGAGAAAUACGUGAACGAGGUGUACUCGAACAAACCGGGUAGGCCAUACGGGUUGUUCAUGGGUGGGGGAGGGAAGUUGCUGGCAGCUCACGUGAUCCAGAUCCUGGUCAUAGUCGGGUGGGUCAGUGCGACCAUGGGUCCCUUGUUUUUUGUGCUGCAUAAGCUGAAGCUUUUGCGGAUAUCGGCAGAGGACGAAAUGGCGGGUAUGGAUUUGACCCGGCAUGGGGGCUUCGCUUACAUUUAUCACGACGAUGAUGAUUCGCAGAAGCAGGGGAUUCAGUUGAGAAAAGUUGAACCACGUUCUACUACUCCCCCUCCAAUCUAGAAACCUUUUUUCUUUUUCGUUUUCUUUUUUUAAAAAAAAAAUUGGGUAGUGGGUAUUUACUAUUUAUUAUUAAUAUAUAUAUUAAAAAAGAAAAUAAAAAGAAAAAAGAAAAAAAAAAAAAAAAAAAAAAAGAUAGGGCUUGGGGAUAUAGAUGGGUGGGUGGGUGGGAUGGUUGGUAACUUGGUGUGGGUGAUGGGGUACAUGUGAGAGAAAAUAAGCAUGAGAGUCAUUUUGAUUGGUUUGUAGGAGAUAAUGAAACUUGGACCAGCUGGAUUUCGUGUAUUUCCUUCCUCUGCAUCAUUUCGAUAAUGUUUGUAUUUGUAUGAUAUGGUGUGGGAAUGGUCAAUGGUGUGCUGUAUGAUAAUACUUAUGUUGGAUAGAGCAUUUUGGCAGGAAUGUUAGUUGGGUCCAAGUUAAAGUAGCAUCUUUAUUUUUAUUUUUCUUUCUGGAAUGUCUUUGUACCCGUUGUAGAUGGGAACACUGCUUUUCCCAGAGCGAUGCUUGCUUUUUGGCGUGCUUUGUGCAUUUAUCCUAGUAAUGAAACGAAAGCCAAGUAAAUGAAA